UGUAUAUCUUUGGCUGGGGCCUUGCUGUUCUUGUGGGCUGGUUUUUGUUGUUCCAGUUCCUAGGUCUGCCCUCAGUCCCCACUGCCAUUCCAUACUAUGGGCCUGGAGCUCUACCUGGACCUGAUGUCCCAGCCUUGCCGUGCAGUCUACAUCUUCUGCAAGAAGAACGGCAUCCCCUUCCAGCUGCGCCCAGUGGAGCUGCUCAAAGGCCAGCACUACACUGAUUCCUUUGCUCAAGUCAACCCUCUGAGGAAGGUGCCAGCCUUGAAGGAUGGGGACUUCACCCUGGCUGAGAGUGUGGCCAUUCUGCUGUAUCUGAGUCGCAAAUACAAGACUCCUGACCACUGGUAUCCCCAGGACCUGCAGGCCCGAGCUCGGGUGGAUGAGUUCCUGUCCUGGCAGCACACAGCCUUGCGGAGUUGCUGCUUACGGGCCAUGUGGCAGAAGAUGAUGUUCCCUGUUGUGCUGCAUCAGCCCGUGCCCCAGGAGACACUCUCGUCCACUUUGGCUGAGCUGGAUAGUUGCCUGCGGCUGCUCGAGGACAAGUUCCUGCGAGACCAGAACUUCCUCAGUGGUCCCCAAAUCUCUGUGGCUGACUUGAUGGCCAUCACAGAACUGAUGCAUCCUGUCAGUGCUGGCUGCCAAGUCUUUGAAAGCCGACCCAAGCUGGCCUCAUGGCGCAGGCGUGUGGAGGCUGUGGUGGGGGAAGACCUCUUCCAGGAAGCCCAUGCAGUUGUCCUGAAGGCCAAGGACACACCUCCAGUGGACCCUGCCUUGAAGGAGAAGUUUCUGCACUCAUUGCAGAGUUUGUUGCAGUGAGCAGGUGGCCUGGGCCUGUGAAGCCACCAAGGGAAAAGCUGGGUUGUUGGAAUAAAGCAAUGGGGCCGCCUGACUCCUUGUGUGUGGGUUGGACAUGUCCAUAGG